AUGCUGUACAAGAGAAGAGUGAUCUACAAUACACGUCAGUCUUCAGCUGGUGGUGGUGGUGGAGGAGGAGGAGGAGGUGGUGGUGGAGGAGGCAGUGGCAGUGGAGGUGGAACAGGAUCGAGCUUGGUAUCAGGGAAUCCACACAGAAGAAUCCACCAUAACCGAUCAUCCUUGAAACGAUGCCCUUCCCUUCCCCUAUCCCCUUGUGAUCACCUACACUAUCCUCAUCACCGACAUUCAUCUAGUACUCCUUGUGGAGCUGCUACUGGUACUAACAUACUUCAUCGUUCUCCAGUCAUGGGAAAUUCCUUUCCCAACUCAUCACAGAAGGUCACAGGAGCUGUUAGAACAUUUGGAGAUGGAAAGAGCAGACGAGGUGGAAUGUUUGGAGCAUGGGGUCGCUAUGGGUGUACAUGCAAAGGUUGUUUGGGUCGGGGAGAUUUCUUCCCAUUUUCUUUCAAUCACCCACCUCGAUUAGAGAUUCUCUUGGACAUGCCUCCUGUUCCCCCUGACAUACAACUCAAGCACGCCUGGAAUCCCAAUGAUCGAUCUCUCAAUAUCUUUGUGAAGGAGGACGAUCCUCUUACGUUCCAUCGACAUCCAGUGGCCCAGAGCACGGACUGUAUCCGAGGCAAAGUUGGCUAUACUAGGGGCUUUCAUGUGUGGGAAUUCCACUGGAGCACAAGGGAACGAGGGACUCAUGCUGUGGUUGGAGUUGCUACUAUGAAUGCUCCUCUGCACUGUGUUGGCUAUCAGAGCUUGGUCGGAUCCACAUGUGAAUCUUGGGGGUGGGAUCUUGGCCGAAACAAGCUCUAUCAUGAUGUCGACAACAAUCCUCCUCGUACCUAUCCUUCCACGCUCAACAAUGACGAGAACUUUGUUGUCCCAGACACCUUCCUCAUGGUGCUGGACAUGGAGGAAGGGACAUUGUCAUUUGUGGUUGAGGAUCAGUUUCUUGGAGUUGCUUUCCGAGGUCUCCGUGAGAAGAAGCUCUUCCCUGUGGUCUCUGCUGUAUGGGGACACUGUGAAAUCACUCUUCGGUAUCGAGGGGGACUUGACCCCGAGCCUCCACCACUGAUGGACUUAUGUCGCAGGGCCAUCCGCAAGCAACUAUCGAGCCACAGGGAUGUAGAGAAGGCUGUAACACAGCUUUCACUUCCAACAGCCAUCCAAGACUUCCUACUCUUCCAUCACCGAAGAUAGGCUACUCUGUCAAGUGCAAGGAAGUAGGAAAAAAGAAAGGGUGGGGGACACUGACACUAUGGAACACCACUGUCUUCAUCAACUUCAUCCUUGUCUUGGUUCUGAGCUCUUUCUCAUGACCCUGGUCUCGUUCUUUCUGAGUGUACCCAUAUCUGUGAUGUGCCAAGGGAAACCAGUCCCCCAUCCACCUCCAUGUGAUAGAGGGGAAGUCGUCUCUUUUUCCCUUCUUCCAGUCUCAUGUUUCUGUUCCCACAUUGAGCAGCAUUGGCUGUCCACAGGGUACAAAUUUUGAGAACAAGAAGUUUCAUUUUUCUCUUUGCAUUCUGGUAUGCCUUUUAGUUUUUCAUGUGCAAAUCAGAGAACAUUGUGUAUUUUGCCUGGAAUUUUUUUCUCCAUGACAGAAGGAAGAUUAAUGUCUUUUCUAAUGGCACAUGCAGUGGUUUUUUUCUCCCACCCCCCCAUCUGUUUGUAUGUCUACCUCAUGAAAUCUUCCUGUUUCCAUUUGGAAAUGAUAAUGAAACAGUGACUUCUUGGCUUUUCUUUUGGAGCUGGCAGAAGGGCAUUGAAAUCAGAUCUUUGUUGGUUUUUUUUUUUUUACUCAAAUUGUCACCCUGGCCCUGGAUUGAACAAUGGAACAGUUUCUUUUAUUUUGCAUUGGCAUCUGUAUUUUGCUUCAGUCUUUCUUCCCCUAUCAUGCAAUAAGUCAUUCAUGGUCAACAAGGAAAUACAUCUCAGCAUGUGUGCCACUCCCUGAAUAUGAUGACAAUGUGGCACCACAAUCUGGGAAUAUAUCCAACUUCAUCCACUGCAAGCCCUGAUCUUCUUUACCAACUUCUACCGCUUUUCCCUGUCUUUUUUCUUCUUCCUUCUCUUCCCUUCUUCUGGUGAGGCUCUUGACAUCUUUCUCUUGAGCUGCUUUUUAUCCCUCCUCUUCCGUUCACAACUACUACUGCUGUCAGUCUCCGAUUUCACAUGUUCCUUUUUCUUCCUCCGCUUCUUCAUCUUUCUCUUCUUUUCCUUCUCCAUUUUCUCCAAUUUCCUAUAAAAUCAAC